GCGCUGGGGGCGGGUGGGGGUGGGGGCCUGGCGCGGGGCUUCGUGGUCUUAUCUGUCUUGCGAGAGGCCGACAUUAAAAUCGCAACUGGAGAACGGAGAGCGAGGCCUGCUCAUCCAGGAGAAACAACCGCAAAAUCAGUAUCUUUCUAGAAAAGAUUUGGAAUAGGAGAGCUAUUCCACCCAGAAUGGAAGUGUGUCCUUACUGUAAGAAGCCAUUUAAACGAUUAAAAUCCCAUCUUCCGUACUGUAAGAUGAUAGGACCAGCUGUGCCUGCUGUUUGUCAGUCCAAGCCGGCUACCCUCGCACGUGCUAAAAAAAUCAAAGGGCCAAUCAGAGACUCAGUUAAAGCAAAAGAGAAAGUGUUAGGGACAGAUAGUAAGAAAAGAAAUCCUGAACUGAAAGGGGACAGAUCAGAACAACAGACAGUUAAGUCCUCUCCACGACUAUCUGUUGGUUUGGAAAAAACAAGUAAUACAAAGGCUGAUAAAGACUUUAAGAAUCAAAUUCAACCCUCCCUCAAAAUGCUAAAAAAUACUGAACAGAAGAUUACUUCCCAGGGAGAAACUACAGCUCAGUUUUCUGCAUCAGAAAACACCACUCCUAAAAAAGAGCUUGCCGAAGACUUGUCUAAAUCAGGGGAAAGUAGAAAUAACCCUUCAGAGACUGAAGCUUCUUUAGCUCUUGGCCCAAUGGAACCUUCUCUGUCAAAUCAAGAUAGGAAAUAUUCUUCGGCCUUCCCUAAUGAUGUACAAGCCACUUCUGCUGAUUUAAGAUUGGACAGAGUGGAUGCCCCAAGACAGAACCUUCUCAUAAAAUUACUAGAUAUGCCUCUGGGCGAUUAUCACAGUUCUCCCACGAAUCUCAAUUACGGGGUUGAAAGGGUAAGCACAUCAUCAAGCAGUGAGAGAGAUUCCAAGGCCGGGGAUCACCUCUUGGGAGUCUCUACUAGAGACUCUGGGACUUGGGAAAAGAACACAGAAUCACAAAUUGCAGCUUUUAAAGUUAGCCCGUUAGGUAAAGUCCAGGUCAAGGAGAACCAGGGAAAAGGACUUGACCUUGGAGCAGAGGCAUGUGGGAGCCAAGGAAAUGCAGAGAAAAGCGCAUUUGCAACAGAAAUGCAGGAGUGGGCUGCCGUGAGCGAUGAUUCAGUCAUGGAGAGGAAAUCUCGAGGUGAAGGCCCCAAUUUAGAGUUGCUCACGCCAACGGGGACAAAUUGCAGUGAGCUUCUCUCUGUAUCACAGUCACGUAAUCAAAGUCUUGCCUCUCUGGCUAUGAAAUUUCUCCAAGAAGAGAAGGCAGAAGCCUGCAGCCGUAAUCAAGUCCAUGCUAUGAAGGCGUUGACAAAGAGCGAGGAACAAGCUUCUCUGACACCCAAGUCGGGCCGUCGGCCACCAGCAUCACACCCCAGGGGCCAGCAUUCUGCACAUUCAACCCAUCAUCACGCUUCUAAAGGCCCCUUCACAGGUCAGAUCGGUGCCACCGACAGAAAGACUCUAUCCAGCUCCCUGGGGCUGGAGUGGUUUCCAGAGCUCUAUCCGGGUUAUCUUGGACUCGGGGUGUUGCCAGGGAAGCCUCAGCAUUGGGGCACAUUGGCCCAGAAGCCUGCGCUCAUCAGUACCCAGGGGGGAAGCUGCUCCCAAGUUCCUUUGUUGGAAAGAAGUUCGACGGCGGUAAGAAGUUUGGAAGCCCCGGCCAGGCUCACAACCUCCAGCUUUUCUCUAAGGAGGCUCUUGGGAGCUGUCCAAACAGGCUGGAUCAGGUGUCGCACCACCGUGCAGAACAGAGGAGUCGGUGGCAUCGUGAUGCUCUUCACAGGGUGCUUCGUCCUUUGUUGUAGCUGGAGCUUCAAGCAUCUGAAAAGCGUGCCAAGCCCUGCCCCAGAUGGACAGGACACCUCACGGGCUCCUGUGUCGGAGGGAUGAAGAGGACUGGGGAUCUCCGCUCCGAAGUAUUUAGUUAGGAAACGCGUUUCAGGAGGAGAAGCCUUUCUGGACUCAGUACCUAAGUGCCUGAGUGUUGCCCCCUCAGCUCCCCACAGCAUGUGAGUGCAGUGGUGACGGCAAGAGUAAGCUCACAGCCCCCCAGGGUUGUCACCAGGAUCAUUUUUGUCCCUGACUGUAAGUAAACUAGCGCCACUUGUUGCAAUCAGAAUGCUGAAACAUCAUGAAAGGGUUUAACUCGGUUAGGUCACAGUGAAUACGUUACAUCUCUGAAAAUAAGUUCCUUAAUGAGAAAAACGAACUACUUAAUGACCCAUGAGUCCUGAAGGGAUAUCUGCUGCUUAUUGCCCGGUAUGUUGUGUUAGUUUCAGGUGUACAGCAUGGUGAUGCAGUUAUACAUAUAUAUCUAUCUUUUUAUGUAUACGUAUUCUUUUACAGAUACCUUUCUCUUAUAGUUUAUUACAAAAUUUCAAAUAGAGUUCCCUGUGCUACAAGUAGGUCCUUGUUGAUUAUCUAUUUUAUAUAGAGUGGUGUGUAUCUGUGAAUCCCAACCUCCUACUUUAUCCCUCCCUGCCCCCGCCCUUUUCCCCUUUGGUAACCAUAAAUUUGUUUUCUACGUCUGUGGGUCUUUUUCUGUUUCGUAUAUAAGUUCAUUUCUAUCAUUUAUUUUUUGUAGAUUCCCCAUAUAAGCAAUAUCAUAUAUUUGUCUUUGUCUGGCUUACUUAGUAUGAUCAUCUCCUAAGUCCAUCCACGUUGCUGCAAAUGGCAUUAUUUCGUUCUUCUUUUUUUUUUUUUUUUAUAAAUUUAUUUAUUUUUUUGGCUGUGUUGGGUCUUCAUUUCUGUGCGAGGGCUUUCUCUAGUAGCGGCGAGCGGGGGCCACUCUUCAUCGCGGUGUGCGGGCCUCUCACUGUCGCAGCCUCUCUCGUUGCGGAGCACAGGCUCCAAACGUGCAGGCUCAGUAGCUGUGGCUCACGGGCCUAGUUGCUCCGUGGCAUGUGGGAUCUUCCCAGAGCAGGGCUCGAAUCCGUGUCCCCUGCAUUGGCAGGCAGAUUCUCAACCACUGCGCCACCAGGCAAGCCCUACUUCAUUCUUUUUAAUGGCUGAGUAAUAUUCCAUUGUAUAUAUGUACCAUAUCUUCUUUAUCCAUUCCUCUGUCAAUGGACAUUUAGGUUGCUUCCAUGUCCUGACUAUUGUAAAUAGCACUGCUGUGAACAUUGGGGUACAUGUAUCUUUUCAAAUCAUGGUUUUCUCCAGAUAUAUGCCCAGGAUUGGGAUUGUAGGAUCAUAUGGUAGCUCUAUUUUUAGUUUUUUAAGGAACCUCCAUACUGUUCUCCAUAGUGGCUGUACCAAUUUACAUUCCCACCAACAGUGCAAGAGGGUUCCCUUUUCUCCACACCCUCUCCAGCAUUUAUUUUUUAAAAUACAUUCUUUUUAUUUUUUAAUCAACACCUUAAUAGAUUCACAAUUACUUUAUCUGUACUGAUCCUUUUUGUUUUUGGGGUUUCUUUGGCUGCAUCGCGUCUUAGUUGCGGCAUGGGGAUCUUUCGUUGCGGUGUGUGGGCUUCUCUCUACUUGUGGCACACAGGCUCUAGAGUACGUGGGCUUAGCUGCCCCGUGGCAUGUGGGAUCUUAGUUUCCCAACCAGGGAUCUAACCUGGGCCCCCUGCAGUGGAAGCAUGGAGUGCUAACCACUGGACCUCCACGGAAUUCCCUCUAGCAUUUAUUAUUUGUAGAGUUUGAUGAUGGCCAUUCUGACCAGUGUGAGGUGAUACCUCAUUCUAGUUUCGAUUUGCAUUUCUCUAAUAAUUAGCCAUGUUGAGCAUUUUUCAUGUGCCUUUGGCCAUCUGUAUGUGUUCUUUGGAGAAAUGUCCAUUUAGAUCUUCUGCCCAUUUUUUGAUUGAGUUGUUUAUUUUUUGGAUAUUGAGCUGUUUGUGUAUUUUGGAGAUUAAUCCCUUGUUGGUUGCAUCAUUUACAAAUAUUUUCUCCCAUUCUGUAGGUUGUCUUCUUGUUUAUGGUUUCCUUUGCUGUGCAAAAACUUUUAAGUUUAAUUAGGUCCCAUUUGUUUGUUUAUAUUUUCAUUAUUCUAUAAGACAGAUCCAAAAAGACACUGCUGCAAUUUAUGUCAAAGAGUGUUCUGCCUAUGUUUUCCUCUAGGAAUUUUAUAGUAUCCAGUUUUACACUUAGGUCUUUAACCUACUUUGAGUUUAUUUUUGUGUGUGGUGUUAGAGAAUGUUCUAAUUUCAUUCUUUUAUAUGUAGCUGUCCAGUUUUCCCAGCACCACUUACUGAAGAGAUCUUCUCCAUUGUAUAUUCUUGCCUCCUUUGUCAUAGAUUAAUUGACCAUGGGUGCGUGGGUUUAUUUCUGGGCUUUCUGUCGUGUUCCAUUGAUCUAUCUUUCUGCUUUUGUGCCAGUGCCAUACUGUUUUGAUGACUAUAGCUUUAUAGUAUACUCUGAAGUCAGGGAAGCUGAUUCUUCCAGCUCUGUUUUUCUUUCUCAAAAUUGCUUUUACUCUUCUGUGCUUUGGCUAUUUGGGGUCUUUUGUGUUUCCAUAUAAAUUGUAAAAUUUUUUGUUCUAGCUCUGCAAAAAAUGCCACUGGUAAUUUGAUAGGGAUUGCAUUGAAUCUGUAGAUUGCCUUGGGUAGUAUAGUCAUUUUGAC